AUGCCAAAAAGGGAACUCGAGAUUGAGGAUGACCAAGAACGCGUAUCGAGUUCAGAGAAGAGGAGGAAGAAGGAUGAUUGUAGUAACGUGCGGACUCCUCUGCGGAAGUUGAAGCCUGAUGACUACACUGUCGGGUGGAUAUGUGCCAUAAAAGUAGAGUAUGUUGCCGCGCAAGAAUUCCUCGACGAAGAGCAUGAGGGACCGGACUAUGUGUCCCCUCAUGACAACAACAAUUACACAUUGGGCAGCGUCGGGAAGCACAACGUUGUUAUCGCUACCUUGCCCCUUGGAGAGUACGGAAUAGCCUCAGCAGCAACUGUCGCCAGAGAUAUGAUGCACUCCUUUCCUAACGUCAGAAUUGGUCUGAUGGUCGGCAUCGGCGGCGGGGUUCCAAGCGAGAAUCAUGAUAUCCGUCUUGGUGACAUUGUAGUCAGCGCUCCAAAAGAUGGUAGUGGGGGGUUACUUCAGUACGACUUUGGCAAGAAUAUCCAAGAUCAGAUCUUCCUGACCACCGGGGUCUUGAACCAGCCGCCAGUUACUCUGCGGACGGCACUGGCUGGACUCCAGGCUCAGUAUGAGAGAAAAGGCCAUCAGAUUGAUGAGGCAGUCAAUAGUGUCCUUGAAAAGAAUAAGAGGCUACGACGACAGUAUAAGCGACCGGCUCAAAGCAGCGAUAGGUUGUAUCAAACAGGAGUCGUCCACCCAAGCGCCAAAGAAAGCUGUGUCACUGCUUGUGAUCCAUCCGGACUAAUAUCACGAUCAGAACGGGAUGAAGAUGAGGAAAGCCCAGCAAUUCACUACGGCCUAAUUGCUUCAGCAAAUCAGCUGAUGAAGAACGCCUUACUUCGUGAUAAGCUUGCAGUAGAGAAAGAUGUGCUAUGUUUUGAGAUGGAGGCGGCGGGACUGAUGAAUCACUUUCCUUGCUUGGUUAUUCGCGGGAUAUGCGACUACGCAGAUUCUCAUAAGAAUAAGGAGUGGCAGGGUUAUGCAGCAAUGGUUGCGGCUGCGUAUGCGAAGGAUCUUCUAUAUCAGAUUGCUCCAAACAGCGUUACGACAGAGAAAAGGAUCAGCGAUAUUCUUUCAGAUGUAAAAGAAGUGGUUAAUGGCGUAGAAAAAGAUGUUCAUAAACUUGUCAAUAAGCAAUACAGUCAUGAACAUAAAGCCGUUCUCGACUGGCUUACGCCUAUUGACUAUGCCUUACAGCAGAACGAUUUUAUCAGCAGGCGACAAGAAGGAACCGGACGUUGGUUCCUCAAGUCAGUAGAGUUCCAAGUAUGGCUAAAAACCAACAGGCAGACAUUAUUUUGUCCCGGCAUUCCUGGAGCUGGCAAAACCAUCAUCACGGCAAUAGUGAUCGAUCAUCUGUUAGCUAAUUUCCGAGAUGACCCGAAAAUCGGCAUUGCUUAUAUCUAUUGCAAUUUUCGGCAACAAGACGAGCAAACAGCCGAAAAGCUACUCACAAAUUUAUUGAAGCAGCUAGUCCAGACCCAGUCGUCUCUGCCAAAGGAUGUGAAAGAUCUCUACGACAAACAUGAGAAGAGCCGGACGCGGCCAUCGCAUUCCGAGAUCACGACAGCCCUCCAUUCUAUUGUCACUGCAAAUUCAAAAACUUUUAUUGUAAUCGAUGCGCUUGAUGAAUGCCAAGACUUGAGCCGGUUGAGAUUCCUCGAUGAAAUAUUCAGCCUUCAGGUCGGGACUGGAGCGAAUAUCUUUGCGACCUCCAGAAUUAAUGACAGCAUAAGGAGACGCUUCGAUGGGUGUGCAACUGUCGAGAUCUCUGCAACAGAUAGAGAUGUGCUAGCCUACCUAGACGGGAAGAUGUCACUCCGGCGUUCAGCCAUCAUCAAUGGUGACAUUCAAGACAGAAUUAGGACUGGAGUGCUUAAAGCCGCUGGUGGAAUGUUCCUCCUCGCAACUUUCCACAUCGAUACAAUCAUGAGCCAGCCCUCAAGAGGAGAAAUUAAAGAGGUACUCCAGAAACUAGGUAGCGGAGUGGAAGGAUUGCAUGAAAUAUACACACAGGCCAUGGAGAGAAUCGAAAGCCACACGCCUGCUAUUCGAUACCUCGCAAGACGGAUUCUAACUUGGAUUACUCACGCCAAAAGGCCGCUUUCCAUCAUUGAGAUCCAACAUGCGCUUGCGGUCAGGGAACAUAUGACAGCAUUUGACCCUGACUACCUAUCCGAUGCGAAGGAUCUAAAAUCAGUUUGCGCUGGACUAGUGACGAUCGAUGGAGAAAGUGGAAUUAUUCGGCUGGUUCACUACACUACUCAAGAAUUCUUCCAGCAGACGCAGGAAAGGUGGUUUCCGGAGGCGGAGUCUUAUAUCACGAGAGUAUGCAUUACGUACCUAUCAUUCGAUACUUUCGAAAGUGGAUUUUGCCACACGAACGAGGAGUAUGAAGAGCGUCUGCAAUCCAACUCGUUAUAUCAUUAUGCCGCACACAACUGGGGACAUCAUGCUAGGGAUGCUUCUACAAUAUAUCAGGAAGUCAUAGACUUUCUAGAGUCUGAGGAGAAGGUGAAGGCGUCGGGUCAGGCACUGAUGGAAAUGACGGGGCUACACCUGGCGGCGUACUUCGGGAUUGAGAAAGUAGUCGCUUACUUACUCCAAAAGGGCGAUGACCACCCAGACUCGACGGAUGAUAACGAGUCCGGUCGAACACCUCUAUCAUGGGCAGCAGCAGGAGGACAUACAGCUACUGUACAGCUACUGCUUGAUAAAGGUGCCAACUCGGAGACAAAGGAUAAUAAGUCUGGUCGAACACCUCUAUCAUGGGCAGCAGGAGAAGGACAUAUAGCCACUGUUCGGCUGCUGCUUGAUAAAGGUGCCGACUUGGAGCCAAAGGAUAACGAGUCUGGUCGAACACCGCUAUCAUGGGCAGCAUGGAAGGGAUAUACAGCGACUGUUCAGCUACUGCUUGAUAAAAGUGCUGACUUGGAGCCAAAGGAUAGUAAGUCUGGUCGAACACCGCUAUCAUGGGCAGCAUGGAAGGGACAUACAACUACUGUUCAGCUACUGCUUGAUAAAGGUGCCGACUUAGAGUCAAAAGAUGAGUUUGGUCAAACACCGCUAUUAAAUGCAGCGGAAAAUGGGCAUUCGGAUACUCUUCAGCUGCUGCUUGAUAAGGGUGCUGACCUAGAGUCGAAGGAUGAGUUUGGCCGAACGUCGCUAUCAUGGGCAGCAAAAUAUGGACAUACAGCUACUGUUCAGCUGCUUCUUGAU